UUCAUUUGAUCUGUCAGAGUUGUACUGAAACUAAAAAUGGAGUUUUCCACCGUACUCGUGGCUGUGCUCUGCGUUUUGGUCGGUGCUAACGGAGCACCCCAAAUUAAACGGCAACCCAGGCUUGAGUUUCCAAAUGUUACAUUUGUCAGCGCCUUGGAUAACAAGGUGAUCGCUACCACGGAUUACUUGGAAGAUCCAGGUCCUUACAACGUUUAUGGAAGCAUUGCUCAAAAUGAUGAAGGGCUUCCGCAACAAAGAUGGGAAGUCACCAUGUAUGAAGACAACAGCAUCUAUGUUUCCCCAUACGGUCCAGAAUACCAGAAUUCUUUCAGCACCUACAAGCCUUGCGGAACAUGUUUCUCAGCCCCCGAAAAUUGGGUCAUUGUCCAGCUGAAUUCCACCCCCACAAAAUUAUCGUUUCCAACUCCAAUGGCAAAUUCUACCGGGCUCUUAAGCAGUACUUGGACAAACAAUUGCCUCAUAAAUCCAGGCAAUAACUAUCUCACCAAAGGUCCCUGUAAUGCUUCAGAUGUACGACAAAUUUGGACCAUUAUGUGGUGGGAAUAAUGUAGAAUUGGAGAUUUAAUCGUCCAACACAAUAAAUAUGGUUCACUCACUCACCAGCAUUA